AUGGCACUAGCUAGCUAUCUGUUUAUAUCUAUAUCUAUUUAUCUAUCUCUGUUCAUAUCUGUCUGUUUAUCUAUCUGUUCAUAUCUACGUCUGUUUAUCUAUCUAUCUAUCCCUGUUCAUAUCUAUGUCUGUUUAUCUAUCUAUCUCUGUUCAUAUCUACGUCUGUUUAUCUAUCUAUCUCUGUUCAUAUCUACGUCUGUUUAUCUAUCUAUCUAUCCCUGUUCAUAUCUACGUCUGUUUAUCUAUCUAUCUCUGUUCAUAUCUACGUCUGUUUAUCUAUCCAUGUUCAUAUUCAUAUCUAUCCCUGUUUAUCUAUCCAUGUUCAUAUCUACGUCUGUUUAUCUAUCCAUGUUCAUAUCUACGUCUGUUUAUCUAUCCAUCUAUCCAUGUUCAUAUCUACGUCUGUUUAUCUAUCCAUGUUCAUAUUCAUAUCUAUCCCUGUUCAUAUCUACGUCUGUUUAUCUAUCCAUGUUCAUAUCUAUGUCUGUUUAUCUAUCCAUGUUCAUAUCUACGUCUGUUUAUCUAUCCAUCUAUCUCUGUUCAUAUCUACGUCUGUUUAUCUAUCUAUCUAUCCCUGUUCAUAUCUACGUCUGUUUAUCUAUCUAUCUAUCCCUGUUCAUAUCUACGUCUGUUUAUCUAUCUAUCUAUCCCUGUUCAUAUCUACGUCUGUUUAUCUAUCUAUCUAUCCCUGUUCAUAUCUACGUCUGUUUAUCUAUUAUCCCUGUUCUAUCUACGUCUGUUUAUCUAUCUAUCUAUCCCUGUUCAUUAUCUACGUCUGUUUAUCUAUCUAUCUAUCCCUGUUCAUAUCUGUUUAUCGUCUGUUUAUCUAUCUAUCUAUCCCUGUUCAUAUCUACGUCUGUUUAUCUAUCUAUCUCUGUUCAUAUCUACGUCUGUUUAUCUAUCUAUCUCUGUUCAUAUCUACGUCUGUUUAUCUAUCUAUCUCUGUUCAUAUCUACGUCUGUUUAUCUAUCUAUCUCUGUUCAUAUCUACGUCUGUUUAUCUAUCUAUCUCUGUUCAUAUCUACGUCUGUUUAUCUAUCUAUCUCUGUUCAUAUCUAUGUCUGUUUAUCUAUCUAUCUCUGUUCAUAUCUAUGUCUGUUUAUCUAUCUAUCUCUGUUCAUAUCUAUGUCUGUUUAUCUAUCUAUCUCUGUUCAUACCUAUGUCUGUUUAUCUAUCCAUGUUCAUAUCUAUGUUCAUAUCUAUCUAUUCAUGUUCAUAUCUAUCUAUCUCUGUUCAUAUCUAUCCAUGUUCAUAUCUUUUUAUCUAUCUAUCUAUGUUCAUAUCUUUUUAUCUAUGUUCAUAUCUUUCUAUCUAUCUAUGUUCAUAUCUAUCUAUGUUCAUAUCUAUCUAUCUAUCUAUCUAUCAUAAAGGGCUUCUUCAUUAUCUAUCUAUCUAUCUAUAUCACCGUUCAUUAUCUAUGUAUGUAUCUAUCUAUCUAUAUCAACGUUCAUUAUCUAUCCUUCUAUCUAUCUAUCUAUAUCUAUAUCACUGUUCAUUAUCUAUGUAUGUAUCUAUCUAUCUAUAUCACCGUUCAUUAUCUAUGUAUGUAUCUAUCUAUAUAAACGUUCAUUAUCUAUCCUUCUAUCUAUCUAUCUAUAUCACCGUUCAUUAUCUAUCUAUAUCACCGUUCAUUAUCUAUGUAUGUAUCUAUCUAUCUAUAUCACCGUUCAUUAUCUAUGUAUGUAUGUAA